AGUUGAGUGAGAAGUGAGAAGAAGAGACUGAUAAUAAGUUUGAGGCAGAGGCAUUGGACACCGGAGUGGACAGUGAGUGUGAUUGAGAUGGAUCCUCCACCGAAGAGCUGGAGCAUCCACACCCGAUCCGAGAUCAUAGCAAAAUACGAGGUCAUGGAGCGGGUCGGGUCGGGAGCAUACGCCGAUGUGUACCGCGGCCGCCGCCUCUCCGACAACCUCACCGUCGCCCUCAAGGAAAUCCACGACUACCAGUCCGCCUUCCGAGAAAUCGACGCUUUGCAGCUCCUGCAGGGCUCCCCAAACGUCGUCGUUUUGCACGAGUACUUCUGGCGCGAAGACGAGGACGCCGUCCUUGUCCUCGAGUUCCUCAGAACCGACUUGGCCACCGUCGUCGCCGACGCCGCUAAGGCCAACCAGCCCCUCCCCGCCGGCGAGCUCAAGCGCUGGAUGAUUCAGAUUCUCUCCGGCCUCGACGCUUGUCACCGCCACAUGGUCCUCCACCGAGAUUUGAAGCCCUCUAAUCUCUUAAUUUCCGAACUCGGCCUCCUCAAGAUCGCUGAUUUUGGACAGGCAAGGAUUCUCACGGAGCCUGGUAUUGAUGCUUCUAAUAAUCAUGAAGAAUAUUCUAGGGUUUUAGAUGACGCUGACAAUAAGGAUACUAUUACUAGCACUCACGAUGGGAAAGCAACAUGCACCACAAGUGGCGUAGAUAGGGAAGAGGAAGAGAAAGAACUUGGUUGUUUGACGUCAUGCGUGGGGACUCGUUGGUUUAGGGCUCCUGAGUUGCUUUAUGGAUCCAGAGACUAUGGUUUGGAGGUUGAUUUGUGGUCCUUGGGAUGUAUCUUUGCAGAACUUUUAACUCUGCAACCUUUGUUUCCUGGAACUGCUGAUAUUGACCAGCUUAGUAGAAUCAUUGGUGUUUUGGGUAGCCUUGAUGAGAGUGCUUGGGCUGGUUGUUCUAAACUUCCUGAUUAUGCGAUAAUCUCCUUUAGCAAGGUGGAGAAUCCUGCUGGUCUUGAAGCUUGUUUGCCCAAUCGGUCCCCUGAUGAAGUGGCUCUGGUGAAAAAACUGGUUUGUUAUGAUCCUGCUAAGAGGGCCACGGCGAUGGAGCUGCUUCAUGACAAGUACUUUAGUGAAGAGCCUCUUCCUGUUCCGGUUUCUGAGCUGCGAGUUCCUAUGACCAGAAAAGGGCAAGAUGAGGAUUCCCCUUGUGGGUGGGGUGAUAUCGAUGAAAUGGAUUGCGAUUCUGAUUUUGAUGAGUUUGGCCCUCUGAAUAUCACAAGGACUGGAACUGGUUUCUCCAUACAGUUUCCUUGAAGAAUUCAAGGUACAUUGUAUUCUUGGAACUGCCUUUUUGCCUUUUCUGUUGUGUUGCUCAACUGUUAUUAUUUGCUGGAAAUUCUUCGGUGAGAAUAUUGAUAAGAAAUAUCUCUUUUUGUCUGAUUUAUCAUUCACUUGUGAACAAAGGGAUAAAUUGUUGAAAAGUAUGCAUGAUUGUGUGUUAACAUGACACUCGUAGUUGAUAUAAUACAUGGACUUGUAUCUGUUCAAAUUUACACAUAUAAUGAUAGAACCCACUAUAGUUAUUUUUGUGUUU